AUGGUUCACUCAACUACUAUUACCACUAUGAAGUCCAAAAAACCAGUUACAAAAAAGGGAAUAAAAUCUGUUAAUACAUCCGUGAUUCCUCACCCCUUGUCUCAACACCAACAACACUUUCCCCAACAACAAAAACAUGUUUUAAAUAGUCAAAGUUCUUUAUCCAUAUCUCGUAACAAGCAUUGGAAAUAUAUAUCUUCUUAUCAUGGUCCAUGGCUUCAACUUCCUUUGGAACUUCUCGAAUCUCUUUACAUGCUCAAUAAUGAUAAUGUAGCUACUCCUCCUCCACCGAUGAUUGAUCCAAUUAUUUUUGGUAAUUUGAUAUCAAUUCGUCGUUUAGUUGAUGAGGCGGCAGAUUUAUCAGUUCGAGCUGCUUCUGGUAUGUCAAAUACUGGUUCGGGACAUACAAGAAAUUUAAUGUCUCAUACGCGACAACAUAGGAUGCGUGAACUUGCGGUUAAUAAAUUAGCACUUGCAUAUCGAAUUGAUGAAAUAGCUACGGCUGUGGUUACAAUGCAAUCUGCUAGUGCAAUUGAUGAAGUUGCCAGUAGAGUUUUGAAGAAAAAUUCAACGAAUUUAGAGGCAUUAUAUAUUAUCGCAACUUCUUCAACAACUCCAGAAUUUUAUCGUACUCGUGGAGUUGUAAAAUGUUUUAAAGAAGAAUUUGUUGGUGCUCUCCGUGAUUUUAAAAUGGCUUUGACACAUAUAAAACAUCGAAAACGUGUAAAUAAUGUUUUAUUAGGAAAAAAACCAACUUUACCUCUUCAUAAUCAUCAUGGAAAUGAAGAUGAUGAAUGUACAGGAACAGAAAGUCAAUUAUAUUUUUUACGUGCAGCAUGUUAUUUACAAUAUGCAAUUAGUUUAAUUGAUAAAGUAAUUCAAAAAGUUGAUGGAGUAGAACGUAAAGAUGGGGAAGGGAGUGAAUUAAGAUUAAUUUCAAUUAAAAAAGGAAUGAAAAAUGGAACAUCCACACUUCCUAAACUUGAGGAAUAUCGUAGAGAACUUUUACCAAUAAUAAAUCAAGUACAAAAUUUAACAAAACGAUCUUUAAGGGAUUACACUCAUUUCCUUGGAUUUUAUCCUAGUUCUUUGCCUUCAUUUUCAUCUAUUAAUGAAGAAUAUACAUCAAAAGCAAAUACACCAAUUAACUCAAGAGAUUCUUCACCGGUUAGAUCAUUUAAAGAUAAUAAAGAUAAGGAUAAUAAUAGUUCAUCUACGAAUAUAAUUGAAAAUAAUUUUUUUGAUGCAUGGUACGCUAUAGCACUUAAUUAUGUUCUUCUCGGAGAUCUUCAUAUCGGUGCAUUAUGGCACGCUCGAAUUGCCGAGAUGCAUGAAUGCAUUGAAGGUUAUCCAGUCUUUCUUCCAGCGCGUUCAAUGGCUCAAGCGGAUUACAUGGAAAUUUUGGAACGUGUUAAGAAGGCAAAUAGUCCUUCAAAUGCAUCAACUAAUAAUGUAAAUACAAAUUGUAAUGGUAAUACAGGGGGUCCAAGACAAUAUCCAUUACACACACAAAGAGCGGAUUCAAUUAUUAUGUGGUUAAGAGCCGUCAUUCUUAGACCGGAAAAAUCAGAUGAAGUGAAAACUAACAAGCCAAUGACAUCUAAUGAAAUUUUAAAUAGGGAAAAUAAUCAUUUUGAAGUAAAGACAAACGGAGAAGGAAAUGCAACAGAAUUUGAUACAAA